AUGGGUAACAGGGCAGCAUCCGUCUCGGAAUUUGCUGGCAGCGUCGAGCCUGAUCAACAACCUAGCAGGGGGAAACGCUCGUUGGCUUCUGACGUCGAGAAGGGGCCGAUCAACGAAGCCAUUGGUCAAUCCAACGCCCCGGGGCCAACGAUUCAAACAUACACAAAUUUACAAUGGGUGUCCGUGUUGAUAGCCAUAUACAGCAGCGAGUUCCUAUACGGCCUCGACACCACCAUCGUUGCCGAUAUCCAGGGUUCCAUCAUUUCUGAUCUAGGGGGUGUGACCAAGCUAGGAUGGCUCUCCGUCGGGUUCCCACUGGGCAGUGUGGCUACCAUGCUGAUGUUUGGCAAGGCAUAUGCCAUCUUCGACAUCAAAUGGCUCUACUUUGGUUCGCUAGUCACUUUCACUGCAGGGUCGGCUCUUUGUGGAGCUUCUCCGAAUAUGGAUGCCCUCAUCGUCGGCAGAGUAUGUGCCGGAGCUGGCGGAGCCGGAAUGUAUCUAGGCGUCCUGAAUCUCAUCACUGUUAAUACCAACGAGAAGCGGCGGUCCUCUUACAUUGCCUUUAGCGGAGUGGUUUGGGGCUUGGGUUGUGUGCUGGGUCCUAUUAUUGGGGGCGCCUUUGCCGACAGCAAUGCGACUUGGCGAUGGGCGUUUUACCUCAACGUUGUUCUCUUCGGCCUGUUCUCUCCGGUAGUGGUUUUCGUUAUCCGAUCACACAGCUUCCGCCCGAACGAGUCCUUUGCGUUCAAGAUCAGGUCCAUCGAUUGGAUAGGCGCCGUCCUAAAUGCGGCCAUCUAUACUGUAUUUGUCGUCAUCUUCACCUUUGCGGGGUCAGAGUGGGCAUGGGAUAGCGGCCAGGUAAUUGCUUUAUGGAUUGUCUUGGCAGUCAUCCUUGCGGCUUUCGCAGCGAGCCAGUAUUUUACUGUAUUCACGACAAGAGACAACCGGCUCUUCCCUGGAGAGUUCCUUCGCAGCCGUACCAUGGUUCUUCUUUACGUCUGCCAGGCUGCGGUGGCAGCUGCCCUGUUUAUUCCGAUCUACUACAUCCCUCUAUAUUCCCAGUUUGUGUUUGGAGAUCGAUCGAUCCAGGCUGGAGUUCGUCUCCUGCCUCUCAUCAUCAUUGGCGUAGCAGCAAACAUGUUUCAGGGAGUCAUGGCGCCCCGCUUGCCAUAUUACAUGUCCUGGUUCUUGAUAUCUGGCAUCUUCACCUUGACUGCCGGAGCCCUCUUCUACGCGGCUGUCGACACUAAUACGUCUUCUUCUCGACUCUACGGCUUUUCUGUCAUUCUGGCAAUUGGCGCUGGCCUGACGCAACAAACGGCAUAUGGUGUCGCUCCAUCCAAAGUGCCACCCAGUCGCAUCCCGGAAGCACUGAGCUUCAUCAAUAUGGCACAAAUAGGCGGUUUAGUAAUCGGCCUUACGCUAACGUCUACAGUUUUCCAAAACGUUGGCUUUCGUAACGUCUCUAAUGCCCUAAGUGGAUUCGGGUAUUCGGACGCCGACUCAAGGGAGGCACUGUCCGGGUUCACAUCAACUGUCUUCUCACAGGCGACACCGGAAAUACAAGACUUGAUAGUCGAGUCUGUAUCGAAGACUAUCAAUACAGAGUACAUCUUCGUCAUAACCGCCGGUAUUGUGGAAAUUAUCGCGUCGCUGCUCAUGAAGAGGGAAAAGCUUGAGAUAAAGGGGUAA